AUGAGUAGCCCGAAACGGAGAAUCGAGACCGACGUCAUGAAGAUGCUGAUGAGUGACUACGAGGUGACUCUGGUAAAUGACAACAUGUAUGUCCCCAACGAUCCACCAUUUACCGGAGGUCACUGGAAAAUCCACGUCGAACUACCCGACCAAUACCCCUACAAGAGCCCCAGCAUUGGAUUUGUUAAUCGGAUUUUUCACCCUAACAUCGACGAGCUGUCUGGGUCCGUUUGCCUGGAUGUCAUCAACCAAACAUGGUCUCCCAUGUAUGACAUGCUCAACAUUUUCGAAGUCUUCCUCCCCCAACUCCUGCGGUAUCCCAACCCCUCCGAUCCACUCAAUGGCGAGGCAGCAGCGUUGAUGAUGCGAGAACCCAAGGCGUAUGAGGCCAAAGUUAAGGAAUACGUCGCCAAGUAUGCCAGCAAAGAAGCUGUCGACGAGGCUGGAGAAGAUACCGAGUCUGAAGAUGAACUCAGCUCUGCCGGAAGUUAUGAAUCCGAUGGGGAGGAGCCGGCUGGGGCAAUGGACGACGUCUAA